CAACAACCUUUUAUAUUUAUUAUGCGGUUGAAAACGCUGCGUAUUGCAACCAAACAAUGUACACUGGAGAAUCUGUCUUUGCGCGUAUUCUGGGUUUCUAUUUCCAAUUUUUUCUCACUUAACCGAAUCUUCUCGUCUUCUUCUCACUCAACUUAGUGUAUAGGGUUUCGAUUCGGCAUAUACUAUUUCAACUAUUUUCUGCUGAAAUUCGCUCUCUUUACCUCGUUCUCUCUCACUGUCAGUACCCAAUUCGAAGAACGAACGGUUUAGGUCAAUCCAUGGCUUGAUUCUGCCUAAUUUCUGGUGUUGAUUCAAACUCCAUUGAACAGGACAUUCUAUGAGAUAAAUUGAAGCAAAUGUAUACAGAGAGAGCACCUGAUAUUGUCACUGACCAGAACAUGUACUAUCCUGCUUAUUACUCUACAGGUUCACAAGUCCAAUACACGAUGGAGAAUUCUCCCUAUUUCUGCUAUGGAUAUGCACAGUCUCCUUAUAAUCCAUACAAUCCUUACAUUCCAGGCGCUUUAAUAGACUCUUCUUUUGCUGGAUUCCAACAAUAUUACUCAAAUGCUGCAUCUUUGCCUACUUAUGCUCCAUGUGAUAUCGUCUCGAAUAGUUCAACAGAUUCUUUGGUGGUAGGGACUGAUUUAGCCAACGGUGGUCAAUCUGAUGGAAGAGGAACCAGCCAGAGUAAUGCUUCGGCUACUGCCUGGCUCCCAAGAAACCGUUCGAAACCUUCUACAGUCAAUUCUUUGGGCAAGACCUGUGAGAAGAUAAGGUCUAACACUGGACAGAAUAAACAGACAGGAGGAGUCUCCAAGAGUGUUUCCACUCCAGCUAACACACAUUCCCUCCAGGGAAGAACUGCUUCUGAUGACAAUGAUUCCAGUAGCAAACUCUUGUCCUAUGUGCAGUCAGAUAAUGGGGUUUCAUCCAUUGCUUCAAAUAGUUACAAGACUGAUGUAAUUGGUAGUACAGAUACGAGCGAGCGAAACCGACGUCUAAGAUCAAGAAAUCAACUAAUUGUGAAAGCUUAUACGACCAAAGCUGGACAUGCUGAUGCGGAAGGAAACAUUGUGGUAAAUCCUGAUCAAUAUAACAAAGAGGAUUUCAGGAUCGAUUACAGCAAUGCCAAGCUCUUUGUGAUUAAAUCGUACAGUGAAGAUGAUGUUCACAAGAGCAUUAAAUACGGUGUCUGGUCAUCAACAUUGCACGGGAACAAGAAAUUGCAGAGUGCAUAUGAGGAUGCUCAGAGAAUAGCUAAGAAGUCUUGUGAAUGCCCUGUUUUCUUACUCUUUUCUGUCAAUUCCAGUGGUCUGUUCUGUGGCGUGGCUGAGAUGACCGGUCCAGUUUCCUUCGACCGAGACAUGGAUUUUUGGCAGCAAGACAAAUGGAGUGGAAGCUUUCCUGUGAAAUGGCACAUCAUCAAAGAUGUUCCGAAUAGCUUCUUCAGGCACAUUAUUUUACACAAUAAUGAGAAUAAGCCGGUGACCAACAGCAGAGACACUCAAGAGAUUUUGCUGAAACAAGGACUCGAGGUGCUAAAACUAUUCAAAAAUCACAGGGAAAAGACUUCGCUCUUAGAUGAUUUUAUGUACUACGAAAACCGCCAGAGACUCAUGCAAGAAGAGAAAGUUAAACUUCCAUUCAAGACCUUUCGCAGCCCAUUUCCCGGGCCGAAACCGUAUUUUUCUGACAAAAGCAAGAAUAUCGCAGAGGAUGUCUUCAAGAAACCUUCAGUGACUUCGGCAGAGACAGAGGAUGCGCAGCUAAAAAACUUAGAUGGGGAUGAAAAGAGCAAUACAGAGGAAGCUAGAGAAGAUUCUACUCCUUCCACUCUAAAGAUUGGUUCUCUCACCAUCAAACCAACCGCUGGAACCACCUUUAACCAGACCCAAACCAAGUAUAAGCCAGCCCCUUCUCUCAGCCCUGACCACAAGUCAGACCCUUCUGAAGAGGUUACUGGGUCCCUUGGUGAAGACAUGGUCAGAGUAGGAUCAAUGCCCAUAAAAGUUAAGGGAUCUGCACAUCUGUCUUCGAAGUUGGUAACGAUCGGUACGAUUCCUCUCGACUCACAGAAGUAAACCGGGGUUUCCACAUCAACUGUCAUUGUCUAACUUAAGACCAUGGUCAAUGACAGUUACCCAUAUAACUGCUUCUUACAUCAAAAAAAUUCGUUUCAUCAGUUUGGAUGUUUAACAUGUUGCAUACGUAAUUAAAAACAUCUACUACAUAUUAUUUGAGAAGUAACAUUAUUAAAAAUAGCUUACUUGUCAACAUUACAA